AUCCAGAACAUGAACAGAGGGAAUGGGACCUCAACAGACUUCACACUUCUGGGGCUUUUCCCAGAGCUGCACUAUCUGGGCAUCCUCAUCACUUCCAUUCUCCUGAUCUACAUCAUUGCGUUCACUGGGAAUGCUGUCCUGGUCCUCCUGAUCUGGGCAGACUCUCGGCUCCACACCCCAAUGUACAUCCUACUCAGCCAUCUCUCUUUUAUUGACUUGGCCUUAAUUUCCACUACUGUCCCAAAGAUGGUCAUCAACUUCUUCUCCAGAAAGAAAAGCAUCUCCAAAGUUGCCUGUGGAACCCAGAUUUUCUUUUUCUUUGCCCUUGGGGGUAGUGAGUGUCUCCUUUUGACCCUCAUGGCUUAUGACCGCUAUGUGGCUGUGUGCAAUCCCUUGAGAUAUUCAAUUAUCAUGAACUCUAGAGUUUGUCUGUGGAUGGCGCUAGCAUCCUGGGGUGGAGGCGCCCUGAAUUCUCUCAUCAACACCGUCUACACCAUGCACUUCCCGUUCUGUGGCUCCAGGGAAAUUCAUCACUUCUUCUGUGAGAUGCCUGCUGUCCUGAAGCUCUCUUGUGAGGACACGUCCUUGUACGAGACAGUGGUAUCGGUCAUUUGCAUCGUGUUUGUUCUCCUCCCCUUGGGACUCAUCAUGUCCUCCUACCUGCUCAUCUUCCUCACCGUGCUCCGAAUGAAUUCUCCAGAGGGCAGGAGGAAAGCGCUGGCCACGUGCUCCUCUCACCUGGCGGUAGUCAGCCUCUACUACGGGCCAGCCAUGAUCAUCUACAUGACCCCCCGCUCUUUCCACACUUCAGAACAGGAUGAAAUACUCUCCAUGAUUAAUACCAUCUUCACCCCCAUGCUCAACCCUCUCAUCUACAGCCUGAGGAACAAGGAGGUGCUUGCUGCUCUGAGGAAAGUAGUUAGUCGACGAUUCAUUCUGAAGUAG